UCGCGAUACAGAAAUUCCUCGGAGCCAUUCAUUCACAAUGCGACAUUCCACCCUCAUCUGAUCCAAUUGCCCGUCAGCUGGGCCCGGUCGCACACCUGAUCAAUAUGGCAGAAGAGGACUCCCUCGACAUGGGGGACAUGUUCCAGGACCCGGAGGGCUUCUACGAGCCCGAGCCGGAGCCCACCUUUGCAGAGCAUCACAUGCUGAACGGCCAGACGGUGCGCGUGCGCCUCGUCGGUAGCCAUCCUCUCUACGGGAACCUCCUCUGGAACGCUGGCCGGACCAGCUCCCACUAUAUCGAAGAACGGGCCAGCACACUCAUUGAAGGGAAGGAUGUCCUCGAAAUCGGUGCCGCCGCAGGUGUCCCCAGUAUCGUCACUGCCAUCUUGGGCGCCCGUACAGUCGUGAUGACCGACUACCCGGACCCGGAUCUCGUCGAGAACAUGCGCUACAACGCUGCCCUGGCUGCCCCGCAGAUCGCCAACUCCUCCUCCCUUUACGUCGACGGGUACAAAUGGGGCGCUCCCGUGGAACCGCUGUUUGCCCGCCUUCCUGAGGGUGCGACAGGCUUUGACGUGCUCAUCAUGGCCGAUGUGGUAUACAGUCAUCGGGAGCAUCCGAACCUGAUCAAGACGAUGCGGGAGACGUUGAAGCGGAGCAAGGAUUCCGUGGCGCUGGUGAUCUUCACGCCGUAUGAGCCGUGGCUGUUGCCUAAGACGGAGAAGUUUUUCCCGCUGGCGGAGGAGAAUGGCUUCCGGGUGACGAAGAUCUUCGAGAAGCUGAUGGAUAAUGUGUUGUUUGAGAACGACCCGGGAGUAAGUGUCAUGCGUCGAUUGGUUGACUUUGCUAACUCCUCCAGGAUGAGCGCCUAAGAAGGACGGUCUUUGGAUAUGAGAUUCACUGGGCAGAGGAAGAGUUGAACUAGCAUAUGGCGUCACUGGCGAGAUAAAAGUACAUUGAAUGUUGCAUUAUACGGAUUAUGAAAAUUAUAGAGCGGGGUUUUGGAUAUCCCACUGUCGAUAGACAACCUACUUCAAUCGAAGCCAUGAAAAUAU